AUGGUGUAUUUAGACACCGACUCUGAAAUUAAAGAAUUCACUAGUGUACUAGAUCCGUCCAGUACUGAUGGCAUUUUGGUUGCUGGUGAUGACAAUUUGCUGCAAAAGGCAGUUACAGGUUUACUGUGCCGAGAUGAUUUCAGAACUUCCACUAUAUGGAUGAUGCCUGUUGGGGUUGUACCUUUGGGAAUUUGGAAUGGGUUUAUUAACACCUUUUGUGAACGGAAAGCUGCUCCAAAAUGGUGUUACAAUUCUUUGCAUCCCGUCUUACAGCAAUCCAGUAAACGCCGUAAUAUUUUAGAAGUGAAAGUUAUUUCAGAUGAAAAUCAACAGGUUGAACGAUCAAAGGAGUAUUCUGCAACUACUUACUCAUUGUUAGGCAUUGAGUGGAAUAUUUGGCGAGACAUAGAAUUAGGUGGUGGUUAUGGUGCUAGUGGUAAGCGUGCAAAGCCCAUUGGUACCAAUGAUCAUCGAGGUGUACUCACUACACUUUCUAUUUCAUCACCACGAACUUGGACUCGUAACUUUGGCGCUUUUUAUCGGUCUUCUUGGUAUUGGUUUCGUUCGUCUAACGACACCUCUAUCCCAGUUUAUCAUGCGACAGAAAAUCCUUCUGAAUCGUCUUCAAAUUACCAACUUUUAGUGUCUAGUAAGAAGCCUAAAAGAAGUCGUGUAAAACUGGCUCGUGUAACUUUCAGUCCAUUGUGUAAAGGUUGUUCGAAAUGCUGGAAGAAAAAGUUAAUGAGUUAUAAAGGACCCGAUUUGGAAGAAACAAAGAAAUCAAAAUCUCUUCUGGGUAGAAUGUUUGGAUUUUCCCUAAGAAAUAAUAAUCCAACUGUUGAACAAUUGAAAAGAAAACAAUUAGAAGUUCAAAAACAAAUGGAAGAAAAAAGUAUAAUACAUAAUCCAGAGUGUGAAGAAGAAAGAGAAUUCAAAAUUCAAGAUUCUGCAGGUUUGAAAAUAACACCAGAAGGAGAUCAUAUCCGUCUAGAUGUUUAUCACCGUCCUACCAGCUACUGGGAUCAUAUUCGUCAGUUUCAUUCAUGGUUACUUUCUCAACCCUAUACAUUUAAUUCCGGCAGCCAAACAGUCCUUUGUGAUAAAGUGUGUUUGUUUCCUAUCGAAUCUGAAAAUGAGUUUUAUUGGAUUGAUAAUGAUUAUUUUGAAGCUCGUCCUAUAGAAGUCAGUGUACGUCCUGAAGCUAUCAAUCUUUUUAUGUAA